AUGGCCAGUUCGCGGUUGGUUUUCUAUCUAGUGGCGCUUUCGUUCGUUGCGCAAAUAGCGUUAACGCAGCAAGAUGAGUAUGAAUACUAUUACGAAGAAGUAAGCGCAACGAGCGCAACAAAUGAUACCACUACAACGCCACCAACUGAGACGACUACCGAGACGACUACUGAAAAUGUGACACCGGCCACAGAAAAUGUGACUACCGAGACAUCGACGGUAACCUUCCUGGAGACGACCAACAUAAACCCAGUACCCAUUUCCCCAAUGCCCAUUAACGACGAUGCCGAUGAGGAGCCAAACAUCGUCUAUCCGGUGCUGUCGAACGUUUCCGUCACGGCUGUGUCCGGUAAACCGUUAUGUAUUGAUUGCGAAAAGCGAACGAAUCUGUCGCUGCUGAACACUACACGUCCCGGCACCAGAACAACCAAGAGGCCGUCCUCCCAACCGGGCAUUGUGCUCAACAUCUACACCGGCAUGUACGGGAUGCAUUCGCAGGCGAACAACCGACCGACCAGCAAUCGCGGCAACCAGGGAUGGAACAAGUUCUGGCCCCGCACCCAGUCCCCGCUGCAGGGCUGGUACAAUCUGUACGGUGCGCCCAACCGCCGACCGGUGCAAUCGUUCGUGCCGCAGCAGCAGCGCCGCCCCAUCUAUCGGGGCCGCGGACCCGUCUACGAGUAUGACGAUGGGUCGUACUAUCCGGUUGCGGCGAACCAGCGGCCUACCAAGCCACGCCGCAACAGCCAGCCGGCCGGUCGGCCCGCCAGUAGCACGCUGGACCAGCAGGCAAGCAUGGCCGUGUACAACUUUCUGCUGCAGAUCCUCGGACAGCGUGGGACGGGUGGCCGGUCGCAGCCACCGACAAAGUCCGCCGGUUCGCGCCGGCGGGUAUGA